AUGAACCACAGAAACUCUUCCCGCGCCUCCAAGAGAAACUCGGCCGGCUUCAUCCAGCUCGACGGCGGCUCCCAGGUCGACAUGACGGAACGCGACAUCCCCCUCACCAACGUCCAGAGCUACGCCUCCACCGGCGCUCGCAAGAACGCCGCCGGCGCCGCCAGCCACGCCCACAACGACUCGACCGACUCGAAUGGCGAGAAGGCUGGCCACCAUGGUCGUCGCAAAAAGGUCGCCCCUGACGGUCUUAAGCGCAAGGGCACCGGCGACGAGGUCGAGCGCAACGCUCUUGGCCGCCUCUACGAAAGGAUUGUCGGCUUCUCCGUCCUCACCAGAUACAUGGUCUACGUUGUCCCUGUCGGCAUCUUGUUAGCUAUUCCCCUUAUCGUUCUCAAAGUGACUGGGCAUCGAAACGACAUUAACGUCGGAACUGGUCCGGGCCAGGAUGGCGCAGACAAGCAUGGUCCCACCCUCUUCAACAUCUUCUUCUGGCUUGAGAUUACUUGGCUGACGCUUUGGGCAGCCAAGCUUGCCGCUCUGCUUCUCCCACAAAUUUUCAUGGCUCUCUGUGGUAUUGUCAGCGCCGGCGUGCGCAAGUAUGCCGCCGUUCUCCGCAACAUGGUCAUUCCUUUUUCACUCUUCUUCUGGGCGUUAGCCACCUGGAUCACCUUCCAGAACCUCUUUAGCGAAGCUAUUGGCCCCAGACGCAUCCAAUGGUGCAUGAAUCUCGAGAGGGUUCUCGGCGCCACCUUUGUAUCGUCUGCCGUCUUUCUCGGCGAAAAGGCUAUCAUCCAGCUCAUUGGCGUCUCCUACCACCAGCGGUCUUUUGCUCUACGCAUCAAGGAGUCCAAACGCGAGAUCCGCCUGCUCGGUCUCUUGUAUGAGGCUUCCCGUACCCUCUUUCCAAUGUACUGCCGCGAAUUUGCAGAUGAAGACUACGUCAUCGACGACAGUAUCGAGAUGAUGCUGCGUAAGAAAGCAGGUCACAAGCGCCGCGGCUCUGCCACGCCCAUGAAGCUCAUUGGCGAUGUCGGCCGUAUUGGCGACAAGGUCACUUCCGUCUUUGGCAACCUUGCCUCGGAAAUCACUGGCAAGCAAGUCUUCAACCCCCACUCCUCGCACACGGUCGUCAUCGAAGCCCUCGAGAAGAGACUACCCUCCGAGGCCCUCGCCAGGCGCAUCUGGAUGUCCUUCGUCGUAGAAGGCAAGGAGGCCUUGUACAUCGAAGACUUUUACGAGGUCCUCGGCCCCGCAUACAGUACUGAAGCCGAGGAGGCCUUUGCUGUCUACGACGCCGAUUUGAACGGCGACAUUAGUCUCGACGAAAUGGUCCGCAAAACUGUCGAAAUAGGUCAAGAACGCAAGGCCAUCGCUGAAGGCAUGAAGGACAUUGGUCAGGCCCUUCGCGUUCUUGACAAAGUUCUCCUCUUCAUUGUCCUCCUCAUUGUCGUCUUCAUCUUCCUUGCAUUUUUCAGCAGCAGAAUUGUUACCGUUAUUGGUACUGCUGGAACGGCUCUACUCUCGCUCUCCUUCGUUUUCGCUGUCACCACCCAAGAGUUCCUCGGCUCAUGUAUCUUCCUCUUUGUCAAGCAUCCCUUCGAUGUCGGCGACCGUGUUGACAUUGGCGGUAGCCAGAUGGUUGUUGAGCGCAUCUCUCUACUCUACUCGGUCUUUAGACGCCUUGAGAAGUCCCAGAUCACGCAGGUUCCUAACAUUCAGCUCAACAACCUCUGGAUCGACAACAUUUCCCGCAGCAAGGCCAUGUCAGAGACGAUCGAGCUUAACGUUUCCUACGACACCAGCUUCGAAGAUGUUGAGCUGCUCCGCCUCGAGAUGGAGAAAUUUGUGCGCCACCCCGACAACUCCCGCGACUUCCACCCCGACUUCUCCAUUGGCAUUGGCGGUGUUGGUAAUCUCGACAAGAUGCUCCUUUACAUCACCAUCAAGCACAAGUCCAACUGGCACAACGACAAGGUUCGCUCUACUCGUCGCUCCAAGUUCAUGUGCGCUCUCGCCGUCGCACUCAAGAAGGUCCCCAUUUACGCGCCCGGUGGUGGAAGCGAGGCCCUUGGUGGACCGGGUAACCCCAGCUACUCUGUCGCCGUCUCGGACGAGUUUGCUGCCGCUGGCCGCGACAAGUACGCCAAGGACAAGGAGGCUGCUCGCAUGGUUCCUAGCGACCCAGCCCAGACCGAAAAGGAAGCCGCUGCUGCCGAGCAGGCCGCCAUCUCUGAGCUCAACACUGUUCCACUCGCCAUCGACACUACGACCAGCAUGUGGGAACACCGCGACGACAACACCUCCAGCGCAGUCGAUGAGUCUGGAGACCCGCGACGCUCUCGCGAGAUUGAGGCGAUACGCUCUGAGCUGCAUAAGAAGGAGAGCCAGCGCGGUCGCCGCAAGGCUGGCGAGGGUCUGACGGGCGCCACGGGAUUGACGCCCACUGAUGGCCACUUCCCGCCGCAGCAGAGAAGCCCGCGGCUGGAGACGUUCGACGAAGAGGCCACGACGGAUAUGCCCUCGACGUUUUACGAGCGCAACCACCCCGUUGACAGGUCCAACCUCGGCGGCCACAGCCAUGGCGGGUUCCAGAAUGUGCGCAUCGAUGACGAGGAGGAGCCGCGCCGGUCUACUUCGCUCCACGUCGGCAGUCACCCUGUCGGUCGCCGACCCUCGCGCGGCCCGUCGCCUGCCAACUUCAGAUGA